ACCUAAAGCUGGUUGUCAACCGCCAUUAAACCACAGAAGAAGAAGAAGCAGGAGCAGCAUGUUCCCUUACUAUCUAACAAGCGGACUACCUGGCUUUUCGCUGUCAUGGCUCCAAACAUAAACAGAAAGCCAUAAAUAAUGGCACAUUUAUAGUGGUAGGUAGGGGCCGUUUUGAUCCACACUCCAGUCUAGAAGGAAAUAACAUGUCUGGUGCAAACAAAGCCAUUGAGUUGCAGCUUCAGAUGCGACAAAACGCGGAGGAUCUGCACAGCUUCAUGAAGGAGCUGGAAAAUUGGGAAACAGACGUAAAGAAGAAGGAUGAACAGCUGAGGGCAGGGGAAAUUCAGCAGGUCGAGAAAAAGCUCCCACUUGUGCGCAACAAAGACUACAAAACAAAGAUGAGGACAAAGGAACCCACUAGUAACAGCGACAUAAAGCCAGAGGAGCCAAAACAAGCAUCAAGAAUAAAAGACAAGGCUCUGGCAGAGAUGGAUAAAGAGGAAAGUCCGGCAGAUUCAAAUGAGUCGGACUCUGAGGAAGCUGCAGUUGACCAGAAGAGAGCGCUAGCUGAGAAGGAAAAAGGCAACAAGUUUUUCAAAGAUGGGAAGUAUGACGAUGCUAUUGAGUGCUACACCAGAGGGAUGGGUGCAGAUCCAUACAGCCCUGUGCUUCCCACAAACCGUGCCACCUCCUUCUUCAGACUCAAAAAAUAUGCUGUGGCAGAGUCUGACUGCAACUUAGCGAUCGCUCUGGACAGCAGCUACUUCAAAGCGUACGCGCGAAGAGGAGCUGCACGAUUUGCACUGAAGAAAUAUAGAUCUGCAUUAGAAGAUUAUGAGAUGGUUCUCAAGCUUGACCCUGGAAAUGUGGAAGCACAGAAUGAAGUGAAGAAAAUCAGAGAGGCCCUUGGACAUCAUGCGCCAACUGUCCAAACUGAAGCCAUGCAGUCAUGGGAGGCUCCAGCAGUCAAUCCUGAUCAGCAGAGACUGAUGGAGGAACAGCAGAGGAGACAGGAGGCAGUUAUACAAAAAGACAGAGGGAAUGCUUAUUUCAAAGAGGGGAAGUAUGAAGCGGCUGUAGAGUGCUACAGCAGAGGCAUGGAGGCAGACAGCAGGAACAUUCUGCUUCCUGCCAACAGAGCCAUGGCCCUCCUCAAGCUGGAGAAGUAUAAGGAGGCAGAGGAGGACUGCACUAAAGCCAUUUCUCUGGACAGUACUUAUUCCAAGGUUUUUGCCCGACGAGGCACAGCCAGAGUGGCUUUAGGGAAACUGGAGGAGGCCAAGCAAGAUUUUCAAGAGGUCUUGAAACUGGAACCAGGGAACAAACAGGCCCUCAAUGAGCUCCAGAAACUCCAGAUUGACAUGGGUUCCAGUGGCCUUCUUCAAACAGAGGACAACUCACAGAACAGAACAGCCCAGCCAAUAGACAAACCAGCACAUCUUCGCUCAACUAAACCUCUGAGGAGGAUUGACAUUGAAGAAAUCAGUGGAAAGGUGAUAGUACCUGAGGUGGAGGCAGGUGGGUCCAAGUCUUUUGUAGAAGAGGUGAUGAACGAGGCUCAGGGCAGCUCCUCUUCAUUGUCAACAUCACCCAGCGCCAAAAUGAUCAAGAUAGAGGAGAUAGCCGACGUCCCCUUGAACUCGCCCAAUCUCAGACAGGCCAAACAAUCAGCCCAGGAAGAUAUCCCAUCCACACUGUCAACCAACCCCUCCUGGACAGUGGCAGACCUGCCUCCUCCACCUACCAACAGCUUCCAGCUGGAGGCCGACCUUCGUAAGAUCGGAAACCAACCUGAAGUGAUUUACAGAUAUCUGAGGCAAAUCAAGGCUGAUGCAUACAUAAAGAUUUUCCAUAAUUCUCUUGACCCUGACAUCCUCAGUCAGAUCCUGAGGACACUGCACAAGUUUUAUAUAAAGAAUGAAGCACCUAGUGUGACAAUGGAGAUCCUCAGCAGUCUGGCAAGUGUGAGGCGCUUCGAAAUGGCUGUCAUGUUCAUGUCAGCUCCCGAGAAGAAAGUGCUUAAAGAACUGUUUGGGUACCUUCACCAAGCUGAGCUGGAAGUAUUGUCUGUCACAGCCUUACAGAAGAAGUAUGGCAUCUGACCUCUGUUUGAGGCAACUUUGCAAUUUUCCUACACUUUGGAUUGAAAGAAGUUAAACAUUUUUUUGUUAUACUCUAAUACUGAGUAAAUUUCCUUUGAGUCCACUUUCAUUAAAUUAGACUUUCAUGUCA